AUGUUCCUCAGACCCCAGCUGACUUCAUGUCCUCUCAGAUGGCUCCACUCCACGGAGGCCAAAGGUGAGACUGAGGCAGGGAUGCAACUUUAUAAGCCUAGAAAGAAAAUAAAGAUGUGGCUUGAAAAUGGUCUUUAAAUGGUCUGAUUUGGAGCAUGGCUGCCAACCAUCAUGCAAACAUGAGCUGUUUAAAAUGACUGGCAACACUUUACAAUAACCAUUACUUAUAAAUGGUAAAUUGACCAUUUAUGAAUGGUAAGGAGAUAGUUUAUUAAUAUUUAAAUAAUUUAUAAAUAGCAUAUAGGCCAUAAAUAGUAAAUUUAACAAUUUUAUAAAAACCUUACCCCUAACCCUAACGUUACUAUAGCCAUUUAAGUAAUGUUUAUAGGUGGUUUAUACACCAAUUAAUCAAUUAUUAUGGUUUAUAAUUAUAAAUAAUUAUAAACCAAUUUACAAAGUAUUUCAAACAUCAGUUACAACUUUACAAUAAACCAUCAAGUAAUGUUUAUAGAUGGUUUAAGAACCAAAUAUUAACCAUUUACUGACACACAUUUUAAUCUAGAUGGUUUAAAGCCAAUAUUUAAACCCUAUAGCAGUGGUUCUCAAGUCCAGUCCUCGAGGCCCACUGUCCUGCAUGUUUUGGAUGUUUCCCUGUACCAACACACCUGAUUCAAAUGAUCAGCUCGUUAUCAAGCUCUGUAAUGGCUUAAUAACGAGCUAAUCAUUUGAAUCAGGUGUGUUGGUACAGGGAAACAUCCAAAACAUGCAGGACAGUGGGCCUUGAGGACUGGACAUGAGAACCACUGCCCUAUAUAAACCUUUUAAUAAAUUGUCCAUUAAUAAUUAAUGAAAAUUAUCAAUCAUUGAAGUAACAAUUAAUUUACAUUAAUAAACUAUCUAUUUGGCAUUUAUAAUUGGUCUAUAGGCUGUUUUUAAAUGAUGAUUAAACUUUAAUCAUCUAUUUACCAUUUAUAAAUUGUAGUUAUUGUAAAGUAUUUAAAAUAGGGCUGAACUCAUAAACUUGUGUGAAAGCUGAUUAUUGAAGGAGGUCAAAGAGGUCAAGGUUUUUAUAUUCUCUGAUGUUCUUAUAUUCAGGACUUAAGGUUUGAUGGUUGUUUAUUUCUCUGUGUGUUAACCAGGAGCUGAAAUUACGCCGGAUCAAGUCAACCUGAGGCAGAACUCAUGACCGUCCAACGCCUGGACCCUUUAAGGUAAGACAUUGACUACUUCACUCCACGGACAGACCAUCAACGAGGGACACUGGAGGUCAGUAUGCUUUUGGUUUGACAACAACCGCACCAACACAAACAAGAACCCCACCAUGAACGAUGAAGCAGUGCAGUUGUUCUCUGCCCGAGUAGCAGGUUUUGGUCUAGUUUUGGUGAUGCAAUUGUGGAGAGAAAGUGUUCUCUUCUGGGGUUGCAGGUUUUGGUCUAGUUUUGGUCUGCUGCAAUUGGUGAUGCAAUUGUGGAGAGAAGUUGUUCUCUUCCAGAGAAGCAGAUUUUUGUCUAGUUUUGCUCUGUUUUGGUGACGCAAUUGUGGAGAGAAACUGUUCUCUUCUAAAACCACAAAAACAAGAAUCCCCACCAUUAACGAUCAACCAGUGCAGCAAUAUAGACCCCCAAAACAAGUCUACUAUCAGAUUUAAUUGAACAAAAUAGCAACUAGGUCCUCAAAAACGUGUGAAUCAACAAAUUUACCAAAACAAAAAUGAGAGUUCACUCGAAUUAAAAUUUAACUUCCUGAGGGAAGCUUUUAAAUAGUCGGGAUGCGUCACAAGGAUUAGGUCUGAUUUCGGCAAGCGUUUCUCUGCCCAAGUGGAUACUCCUCCUCAUCGCCCCAAACUACCUCACAUUUCCUGACGUGCUUUUGGUCAAAGAAGAAAAUGAAGAUAUAAGAAGACCUCCGAAAGGUGUGAAGAUCUUCAACGAGGGAUGGAUGCCCAAUGCACAGACCCGUUUGAAGGACAUCAACCAGGUUGAAUUUUUCAUACUGCUUGUUUUUUUUCCCUAAUUUGUAUUAAAACUGUUGUUUUCACUCUUAAAAUGAGUGAUUAUGAAAAUGAAAACCCAGUAAUUUUAAUUACAGUGGCUGUUACAAAGAUAAGGAUUCAAGGCUGUUGUAAGGAUAAUUAGACUGAAACAAACCCUGCUAAACUCAAGUGCACAGUAUUUUGCUGUGCUUUAUUUUGACACUCUUGAAAUGAAUGACAACAAAAAUGAAAACCCAGUAAGGAUAAUUAGACUGAAACAAACCCUGCUAAACUCUAGUGCACAGUAUUUUGCUGUGCUUUAUUUUGACACUCUUGAAAUGAAUGACAACAAAAAUGAAAACCCAGUAAGGAUAAUUAGACUGAAACAAACCCUGCUAAACUCUAGUGCACAGUAUUUUGCUGUGCUUUAUUUUGACACUCUUGAAAUGAAUGACAACAAAAAUGAAAACCCAGUAAGGAUAAUUAGACUGAAACAAACCCUGCUAAACGCUAGUGCACAGUAUUUUGCUGUGCUUUAUUUUGACCUUGUAGACCAGUUAAGCAUUUCUAUUGAUUGUAAAUUGUGCAUAGUGCUGUGAGCUAACGCAGCAAGUACAACCUGAAGAUAUAAGAUCUCAAAAGGUGUGAAGAUCUUCAACGAGGGAUGGAUGCCCAAUGCACAGACCCGUUUGAAGGACAUCAACCAGGUUGAAUUUUUCAUACUGCUUUUAUUUUUCCCUAAUUUGUAUUAAAACUGUUGUUUUCACUCUUAAAAUGAGUGACUAUGAAAAUGAAAACCCAGUAAUGUUAAUUACAGUGGCUGUUACAAAGAUAAGGAUUCAAGGCUGUUGUAAGGAUAAUUAGACUGAAACAAACCCUGCUAAACUCUAGUGCACAGUAUUUUGCUGUGCUUUAUUUUGACACUCUUGAAAUGAAUGACAACAAAAAUGAAAACCCAGUAAGGAUAAUUAGACUGAAACAAACCCUGCUAAACUCUAGUGCACAGUAUUUUGCUGUGCUUUAUUUUGACACUCUUGAAAUGAAUGACAACAAAAAUGAAAACCCAGUAAUGUUAAUGAUUGAAACAGGAGCCGCAGUGGCUGUUACAAAGAUAGGGAUUCAAGGCUGUUGUAAGGAUAAUUAGACUGAAAACAAACCCUGCUAAACUCUAGUGCACAGUAUUUUGCUGUGCUUUAUUUUGACACUCUUGAAAUGAAUGACAACAAAAAUGAAAACCCAGUAAGGAUAAUUAGACUGAAACAAACCCUGCUAAACUCUAGUGCACAGUAUUUUGCUGUGCUUUAUUUUGACACUCUUGAAAAUGAGUGACUAUGAAAAUGAAAACCCAGUAAUGUUAAUUACAGUGGCUGUUACAAAGAUAAGGAUUCAAGGCUGUUGUAAGGAUAAUUAGACUGAAACAAACCCUGCUAAACUCUAGUGCACAGUAUUUUGCUGUGCUUUAUUUUGACACUCUUGAAAUGAAUGACAACAAAAAUGAAAACCCAGUAAGGAUAAUUAGACUGAAACAAACCCUGCUAAACUCUAGUGCACAGUAUUUUGCUGUGCUUUAUUUUGACACUCUUGAAAUGAAUGACAACAAAAAUGAAAACCCAGUAAUGUUAAUGAUUGAAACAGGAGCCGCAGUGGCUGUUACAAAGAUAGGGAUUCAAGGCUGUUGUAAGGAUAAUUAGACUGAAAACAAACCCUGCUAAACUCUAGUGCACAGUAUUUUGCUGUGCUUUAUUUUGAGACUAAACUUCAAUUCUUGAAUAGUAUUAGAGAUCAUGCUAAUGUUGAAACUGCAAAAACCUCAAAAGUUAAGACAAGAUCCAGAGGAACUACAAGAAGGACAACAAGAACUUCAAGAACAGCAUGACAACGUUGACAUGGCUUUUGCUGUAAGGUUGGUCAUCUUUCUGAGGGUAGGUGAACAUCUCCUUGUUUGUGGAUGUGAUCAUCUUGAUUUAAAACUAAAAAAAAAAGGUUUGAGGGGUGUUUUCCAAAACUUGAUCUCAAAUCCAGAAACAAGGUUCAAAAGGUUGCUUUUCAUGACUUGAUCCAAACCCAGAAAUAGGUUCUCAACAUGCUUUCAAAGACUUGAUUUCAAGCUCUACAAAGAUUUGUAAAAGUUGCUUCGAAAGACUUGAUCUAAAAAACAAAAAACAAGGUUUGAAAGGUUUCUUUCAAAAGCUGGUUCUUGAUCAAGUAAAGACAGUAUGUUAAAGGUCUGGUCUCAAAAGGUGUGUCAAAAGCACUUUUAAUUUGACAAAAGCACCUUUUUAGUUUGACAAAAGCACCUUUUUAAUUUGACAAAAGCACCUAAUCUAACAAGAGCACCUUCAAGCCUAAAAAUAAAUUGCCUCUACUCAGUCAAAAAUGGCAUAAACCAGACAAUCAAAGCUUUUUCUUAGCAGCACUGUCACGGAGAACAAGAAGACCAUUCAGAAGAACCAAAGGAGUAGAAGAAGACCUGAUGUGGACCUCGUGUGUCAACGCCCAAACCUCUGAACAGGACUGAGUCUGUUUUUUUUCCUUUUACAUUUGACUUCAAUAUGAUGAUCACACUCCAAAAAAACCCUAAUGAUAAAAUGUUUGUUUUACUCUGGAGUGACAUGAAAACAAAAAAACAGUAAUGUUAACUUUGAUGAUGUGGCAGUAACAGCUGUCAAAACUGUAAGGAUAACUAUGCUGAAAAUGAACCCAGCUAAACUUGUCAAGUGCACAGUAUUCGACUGUGCUUUAUUGAUUUGUCCUGUUAAUCUCCUAUUCUUUCAUAGUAUCAGGAUCAUGCUAAUGUUAAAACUGCAAAAACCUCAAGAAUUAAUACCAACAGAUCCAGAGGAACUACAAGAAGGACAACGAGAACUUCAAGAACUUCAAGAACAGCGGGACAACAUUGACAUGGCUUUUGCUGUAAGGUUGGUCAUCUCUCUGAGGGAAAGUGAACACCUUGUUUUUAGAUGUGAUCAUCUUGAUUUCAAACUCAGAGGUUUGAGGGUUGUUUUCAAAAACUUGAUCUCAAGUCCAGAAACAUGGUUCAGAAAUAGGUUCUCAAGGUGCUUUCAAAAGACUUGAUUUCAAACCAAAAAACAAGGUUCCAAAGUUGCAUUCAAAGACUUGAUAUCAAAAAAAGGUUUGAAAGGUGCUUUCAAAGACUUGUUCUCAGACAAAAGGGUUUUAAAAAGGUGCUUUUAAAAGUCUUGUUCUUAAACUCAGAAACAUGGUUCAGAAGGUGCUUUCAAAGGUAUGAUUUCAAAACAAAAAAAAUAUUCUAAAAAGGUGCUUUCAAAAGGUAUGAUUUCAAAACAAAAAAAUUUUCUAGAAAGGUCCUUAUUAAAAACUUGAUUUCAAAACAAAAAAGGCUUGAAAGAUGCUUUCAAAAUCUUUAUCUCUUACCAAAUACAAGGUCCAAAAGGUGCUUUGAAAAACUUGAUCCAAACCAAAAACAAGGUUCUAAAAAGGUGUUUUAAAAAGACGUGAUCUCAAACCCAGAAACAUGGUUCCAAAGGUGCUUUCCAAAGACUUGUUCUCAAACAAAAGGGUUUAAAAUGUGCUUACAAAGACUUAUUCUCAAACAAAAAGGGUUUAAAAGAGGUGCUUUCAAAAGACUUGUUCUUAAACUCAGAAACAUGGUUCAGAAGGUGCUUUCCAAGGUAUGAUUUCAAAACAAAAAAAUAUUCUAAAAAGGUGCUUUUCAAAAACUAUCUCAAAUCAAAAAAGGCUUGAAAGGUGCUUUCAAAAUCUUUAUCUCAAACCAAAUACAAGGUCCAAAAGGUGCUUUAAAAAACUUGAUCUCAAACCUAAAACAAGGUCCAAAGGAUGCUUUUGAAGACGUGAUCUCAAACCCAGAAACAUGGUUCAAAAGGUGCUUUCAAAGACUUGUUCUCAAACAAAAAGGUUCAAAAGGUGCUUUCAAAGACUUGUUCUCAAACAAAAAAGGUUCAAAAGGUGCUUUCAAAGACUUGUUCUCAAACCCAGAAACAUGGUUCAGAAGGUGCUUUUCAAGGUAUGAUUUAAAAAAAAAAAGGUGCUUUUUAAAAACUUGAUCUCAAGCCAAAAAAAGGUUUGAAAGGUGCUUAAAAAAUCUUGAUCUCAAACCAAAAACCAAAAUAGGUUCAAAAGGUGCUUUCAAAAACUUGAUCUCAAACCAAAUUCAAAGUUCUUAAAAGGUGCUUUAAAAGACUUGAUCUCAAACCCAGAAACAAGGUUCUAAAAAGGUUCUUUCAAAGACUUGUUCUAAAAAAAAGGCUUCAAAAAAGGUGCUUUCAAAGACUUGUUCUCAAACAAAAAAGGGCUCAAAAGUUGCUUUUCAAGGAUUGAUCGCAAACAAACAAAAGGUUUGAAAGGUGCUUUCAAAGAUUUGAUUUUAAACAAAAAAUUUUUAAGGUGUUUUCAAAGCCUUAGUCUCGAACCAAAAAAGCUUCAAAACGGUGCUUUCAAAUACUUUACCUCAAACCCCAAAAAAGUUUUUAAAGGUGCUUCCAAGGCCUUGAUCUUAAAUCCAAAAUACAAGGUCUAAAAGGUGCUUAAAAAAACUGGUUCUUAAAACAAGCAAAGACGGUAUGUUAAAAGUCUGCUCUCAAAAGGUCUGUCAAAGCAACUUCAGCAAAAUCACUAUCAACCAAAACUAAGUUUCAAAACCACCAACAUCGCAACAACCGUCAAAGUGCUUCCAAAGGAUCCAACGGAAACAAUGACAAGACAGCAACGUUUGCACAUUGUUUCUAUAAGAUGUAACUGUCAACACUAAACAGAACGAGGACAAUAAACAAACUGUGUAGAUCCUCCAACUGUUUUUGUUAAAACUGUAGUUUUUCGUAUUUUUAUUUAUUCUUUGUAUUUUUGUGAACCUUUUGAAUCUCUGAAAUGGAAUCCUGAACUGUGCUUGUCAUGAUUUGCAUGUGUUGUACAUUUUUUUUAUUUAUUUAUUUUUUUAACUUAUUUGCUGUGUGUUUGGCCAUGUUUCUUUGGGUGCAUUUGUAUGUCUCUGCUUUCCUCCGAACAUAAGCAGGUCUGACGCGGUGACCACUCUUUUUCUGGAGGAACUGUUGCUGCAGAAACUCAAAGCGCCGCCUUCCUGUUCCGUCCGGGAAAUCCAAGGGUGGUCAUCUUGUUGAAGGUAAGAUGAACUUUUCAUUGUGGUAACAGUAUGUUUUCACCAAAGUAACCACAAGAAAGCAUGUAAGAAACCAGGUCCUGCAUUCUGAUAACUUCAUCCAUAUUCAGUUUCAAACAGAUUUUCUAAUGCUGCACCUCACCAUCACUGUUUUUAAGUCAAGUAUUUUCUGCAUUUGUAUGUGUGUCUCUCUCCUUUUCCCCAACCAUCACAGAAGUGAGCAUCUUCAGUGUUGAACUUGGCAACCACCAACAUCUUCAGGAAGGAUCUAGAUCACCUCUAAGAGACGAAGUCGGGCAUCCUUGUGCUGCAGGUAAGAUGUGACAGGGAACACCACUUAACACACUGUCCUAUUGUCACCCAAAAGUCUGAAUGCUUGAACUCCAGAAACAACUUUUCUCUGGUUAUUAAAUCGUUUUCACAAAGGCGCAAUGCGACGUGGGUGUGCCUCAGCUGUUCUACCAAAGUUAAGGCCCACCAAAGCUUGAUCUAUGCCUGUUUUUAUGUUGAUAACAUGUAAGGCUGGGCCAGUGUUUCCAAUGUCGUGACUAUAACCUCUCUUCGAAAACCAGUUGGUGAUGCAACAGCUGUGUAUUUUGUGAGUACUCUGUUGUUUUCAGGUGACUCAAGGAUGUGGAUGCAGGAGAAUAUUAGCUCUUAAGUGAUGCUGCAGGCUUUUCUGAUGUUUAACUGUACAGAUUUGUGUGUUUCUGUCUGUAACAAUCAUACUCAUUUUCUGUGCCUGUAAAGACAUAGUUUUAUGUUAUUUUUCAGAAACAAGUCCUGAUGUCCUCUAGAAAAGAGCCCAGCUGGAGAAGUGUGUCCGACGUCCCAGUCGAUAAAAACAUUUCAGCCAUAAGGUGGGUUAUUUUAUCAAAAAGGUAGGUGAAUGUCUCUAUUGAAACACAACGGCUGAAACAGUCAUCAUACUCAGAUGCAAAGAUGCAACACCACGAGGUUCAACAAUCAAAAGCACAACAAUCAAACCGAAAACAAGGUUUAAAAAGUGUUUUCAGCCACACAACCACAAACCAACAAGGUUCACAACGAUGCGUUCAAAGACAAUAUGGAAACAGACAACAAGGUUCAUGAGGUGCUUUCAGGGACAUGAUGGUAACACAAACAAGGUUUAAAUGGUGCUUUCAAUGACACAACAAAAAGGUUUAAAUGGUGCUGUCAAUGACAAAAGGACAAAUCAUCAAGGUUUAAAUGGUGCUCACAGGGACACAAUGGUAAUACAAGGUUUAAAUGGUGCUUUCAAUGACAAAAGGGAAAACCACCAACAAGGUACAAAAGGUGGUUUUAACUCAAAAGUUUAAUGACAACAGUCAAUUAAUCAAGGAAUGCCAAAAACACUAAAUAAAAACCAAACCAAAAAAGAAAAUUCACAACCAACCGGAGAAUGGUUCAGCAUCACUCAAGGUUAAAAGGGUUUUAUGACUUUAAAAAGGUUAUUUCUGUUUUCAUGAAACUUGGUUGGCAUGAAAAUGUCAAAAAAAAUGUCAGUUGCAAGUUUUACCAAAUACUUGCUGAGCCCACCACUAAAACAACAAAAUCCAAAAAGCAAAACAACAACUCUUAAGGAAACAACAAAUCGGCAAAGUUCACUCAGUUCUCCAAAAGGAAACCAACUCAACAAGGACAACCUCAACAUCAACUACAACUUCAGGCCUCACCAACGUCUCUUACAGCUUCAACUAUAAUGAGGGGGACAAUGAACUGUAACCAUAAAAUGUUUUUUUGUUUCUUUUUUGACCCUCCAGUCUCUGUAAAAAUCUGAGAUGUUUGUUUUCUUUUUGUUUUUUUCGUCUUCUGUUUGUUUUGUUUCUUUUUGACCCUCCAGUCUCUGUGAAAAUCUGAGAUCUGUACUUGUCAUGGUUUUUUGUGUCCUGUUAUUCUGUACGAGGUUUUUAUGCCUCCCUUUGGCUGCACAUGUAUGUCUCUGCUUUUCCCCUAAACAUGACGGAGGUGUCGAGCCGUGGUGUUGGAUGUGCUGACCACCACCAGGUCCUGGGAGGAUCUGAUGCUGCCCCACCCCGAUGAGCUGCUCCUCCAUCCAGACUGGGAAGUUUUUAAGAGUCACCGUCAAGCUGAAGGUUUCUGAAGUUCUCUUUUAAUGAUUUUGAGAAACUUUUCAAAGUUCUUGUAGUUGUUUUCACCGAGGUCCAAACACUCCAGCUUUUCUGGGGGUUUGUAGACGCCCAAGAGAAAAUUGAUUUUAAAUCUGUCUGUUGAAUCUUUAAAGUUUGUUUCCAAUGUAGUGACCCAUCUUUCUGCUUCUCCAAAAUCUAUCUUGUGUUGUUACAGUCUACAUCCAGGAAGACCCUGGCAGACCCCAUCACCUGCUGGACUCUGAGCUCCUGCAUACUGGGUUACAGGUGAGCAUGGAGUACAGAUUCCACCACCUACAAAAGGAACCUGGUUUUAUCUGAUGCAUCCAGAUUUUCUAAUCUCUACCAAUUUUAAUCUCUCCCAAACACCAGUGCUUUGCCCACUUUGAGGGACAGAUCUUCUUCAUUCAGGACCCCUUUAACUGAAGUCUGCACCAGCACAGAAACCUGCCCCUUGACACCAUCGGACUCCACCAGAUGCCGUGGGCACCAUCCCCGAGAAACCGGUACAUAAAACAGAGAUAAUGAUUCACUUAUAGGUUUAAAAAAUGUGCCGGUCUAAAGAAUAAAUUUGUCCUUUUGUUUUAGGACUACACCGAGACGUCGAUGACCCCCUCUUGCUCCAGGACCCGGCUGAAAAAAGGAAGACGAAGACUUGGUCCCCUGAUUAGAGGUAAGUCAAUCUUUGCGAGUGGUCUUGCUUGUUUCAGUCAAAGUUUUAUGGUGAUAAAUUGAUGUAAAUAGUCCACUAACUGGAUCUCAUCCCUGUCUGCCUUCUGUAGUCACCACCCUGCAGGCGGACUUCCUGUCUCACUGUGAGCCCGUAGACCUUCAACCUCGUCCAGAAAACCCUUACUCAGGACAUGGUGAGUGCGCCUCUCUCUUUCAGGCUCUACUUUGAGGAGCACACAUGAGCAGCUGUCUCAAAUCCUUCUAACAGAUGAGUCCGUUAAGAUGAUGAUAGUUGGAUGUUUUUACUUGAUGGGCACAGAUAAACCUCCACAACCCAUGAAGAGUGCAAGCUUUGCUAUGUCACUGUCACUUUAUAGAUCUCCUCCACCUUUAUAUCGCUGACAUUAUCAGUAUUAUUGACAUUAUAGGAUUAUCACUGAGACCUUUUCUGACUGAUAGAAAACUAAAUGAAAACGAGGCAGAAUAUUCACUCAUGACUGUUUUCUUCAUUCACAGGAGGAUACUCGAGUCUCGACUGAGGACCCAGUGAUGAAGAUGGAUGACCUGUCUGUGACACAAGGGUCAUAGAGAAUAGUUCUGUACUGCUGAAUCUAUUAUAAAUUAUUCAUCUGUUUGACCAGAUGAUGUGUUGUUAAACUUGCUAACAUUUGAGUUUCUUUGGUGCAAACCUGUAAGAUCUACAGCUAGUAGCGUCUUCUUACAAUUGUAACCAGGUGGUUUUUGUGUUGUACUGAAUUUGAUUUCUCAUUAUAUUUGUAAAACUAAAUGUUUAAUCUGAGCUUCAUUUAUGGCUUAAACUUUGUUAAAUGGAGGCUGAAACUGUGACAGCAUGUAGAGAGCUUUUUGUCCACUGGGGUUUUUUUCCUUCAAUAUUUUUCCCCAGCUGGUUUUUCAUCUCUACCUCCACCAAACUCACUCUGUAAGCAAAGCUUGUCUUAAAUGUCAUCUUUUUGGAUGCACAUAUUCUAUUUUGCUCAUAUUGCUUUGUCUUUAUUUUGUUCAUUUUUCUGUCAUGCUUUAUUCCUCUCUCUGCUCCAUGUUUUUUUGCAUUUGUAUUACACAUAUAACUAACUUUUCACAUAUUUUGUCUGAGUUAAUAACUCUCUGACAGUGAAAUACCGUGAUUGUGUUUGGUAAAACUUGUCAACUUGACUCUGUUUUUAAAUAAAGUUUUGUUUAAAUGGAAUCAAAGACUUUUCUCUGGAGGUCAGUUUUUUAUUUUGAUAACAUGCACAGUAGGUUAGAAAGUUUUAAAAUCAGACGUGAACACUUUUAAAAUCAGUUCUCUGGCAAAAUUGAGACGAGCCUUAAUGUACAUUUGUUCAGCAGUGGUUUCUGUCUUGUGACUCUGUCAUCUCUCACUCUGACUCUGACCAUCUAAAUGUAGCCCAGAUUUUGAUGUCAGCCGACGUGAUUUAGCCUGAAAAAAGACGUUGAAAUGACGUCAGGUGUUUGGUGGGUUGUUUAGUGGAACCCUGAGGACCUCAAACAAACGUUCCCGGAAAUACGACAUCAGGAAUUCAGUAAAAAAGAUGUGGUCAAAAGAUGCUCCGAAAACAUGGUGGGUUUAAAAAAUCGUGCAGGACCCUGGGGUUAGCCGGCCCUAAGGACUUAAGCCUAAAACAUACAGGAUCAGUGUUGCGCGCGUUCCGUCAGCGUCGCGUCACACAGCAAAUAGGUUCCCAUUGUAAUCAGUGAAGCAUCGCACGCAGGACGUGUCGCAGCUCUGUCUCAGAAAUGGUCGAGCGCUGCUCUGCUAAAGAUAAGCACCAAGUCUUUUUUCUUUGCUCUACGCUUCCAAUAAGUGUCAAUCUACACAGAGAGGAUCGUUCUCGACAGGAUGUCAAGCACGAAAACUGGCAUGUCAUCUGGUAAAUUUCAAAAUAAAACAUCAUAUGCUCCCAACUGUGUAUCAGUUCAUGUCGAUGAAAAAUACUUCCUGGUUCUGGAUUAAUCAAUAACACAGAACAAUCUGAUGGUCAAUCCCUGAUCCAUGUGGACCCCAAAAGGACUUUGAACUGCUAACUCUGUCUGAAGGUAACAGCACAGCAGAAAGGAACAUGGUUUACUUUAUUAAACACAUGUAAACUGGCGAAAACCGAAACUGUAAAAUCAUGUUGUGUUUUCACAUAUACUAGAGGCUCAACAGUCACUGAAUUAUAUCCAAAUUAGAAGGAAAUAGACCACAGAAAGGAAAAACAACCUGGUGGGGGCGUGUCGUUUCUGUCUAUGGGCAGUAGACAGUGCUGCUCGAUGGAGCAGAUACGCAAUACUAAUAGAAUGCGCUCAACACGGAUCCUGUAUGUUUUCAGCUUUAGGCAACAAAGGACCUAAGUCACCGGUCCUUGAAGAUCUAGGGAGACCAAAGAAUCCCAAGACCCUUGGUUCACAACACCUUGAUAUCAUAGAAACCUGAGGACCUCCAGAGUAGGACCGUUGGAUUGAAUGCUUGAUGGAAGAACCCUGGGAUCAAAUGAUCCUGGUUGCACAGGGAAUCAGAAUGUAGAACCCAAGUAUCAUAAAGCUCUAGGAUUAUAGGACCCUGAGGACCCCAGGAAUUUAAGAAUCUGGGAACACAGGAACUCAAGAACAUAGGACCCUGAGAAUUCUGGGCUCAGGAAGGAAAAAUCUGACUCAAAGGAACUUUGAUAGAAGGUUUUUGGGAACAGCUGCUCCUGCAGGUGUAGGCUACCGCCGGUGUCAGAGAUGUGGUGCUCAUCGGAGCUCGACUCCCUCUGGAUCACAAAUGUUGAUCAUCAUCAGUUUGAUUGUUUCUUCAGAAACCACAAAGCUGACCUGUCUGCUGUUUUCGGAUUUCUUUUAUUUUCUUUGAAGACGUCUCCAAGCGAGUCCAGCCUCUCACCUGUAAUGCACAGCUGUGCAGCGGCACGCAAAGCAUUCUGGGAUACCGACGGCACGAAAGCGUGCAUAAAUGCACGCUUAAAAACAUGCUAAGCGCGCUUAGCAUUUCUUAGCAUCUCGUGCCAAACGGGACACAGUUCGCGCCGUCGUGACGUCAUGCACGCUUCAAAUGCACCGUUCGACGGUGCAGAAGUGCACUUAGCCCGAUGCGGUCUCUGAAAUGAGACACAGACAUUGUCUGAUGCAAAGCUCCACACCAGUGACAGUUAGUGGUCACCAGUCUAUUUUUUUCAAGUUGUUGUUCUAGCUUAUGACCAUUAGAGGUCAGGACAGGUUAAUAUCUACACUUCACUGAACUGCAGUACGCACCCCUUCCCGCUCAUACACAGAGGACACGCUGCAACUUAAAAAGCACAUUUGAGUGUCCUCUGUUGCAAUAUAUCGGCACAUUCUUGACAUGAGGCACUCAACAGAUGAUGGCCGGCUCAUGCACAUUUUCUGCACUUCAACUCCUCUUAUUUCCUGCUCUGCAGUAUCAUAUUAGACCUCCUCUCUACUCCUCUUGACCCCAAAUCCCUGAAUCCAUCUACUGUUGUCUCUCUGUCUCUGCAGAUGGUUACAUCAAUCACCCCUCCAGAGUAGCCUGGCAGAUGAACAAGGUCCUUUCCAGAGGAUAA